UGCCCGGCAACAGCAACAGCCUCCCCUCACCCUCGUCCUCGGCUACUUCGGCCCGCGCAAGCGCAAGCGCCCAACCACCACCACCUCCACCUCCACCCACCCUUGGCAAAUCCCAGGCCACGCACGUAGCAGCACACCACCACUGCCCCGCCCCCAACAAGCAAGCAGCCCCGAAGCGAAAGCAAAACAGGAAUCCGCCAGAGCGGAGCGGAGGAGGCCAUGGCCACGGACGCGGCGCUGAGCCAGCCGGAUCGCGCCACCGUGACGCUCGGCGAGCCCGCCCACGAGGAGGCGGUCCAGCAGCUGGUGCAGCAGCCGGACUCGAGGCUCCGGAGCCUCAACCCGGGGCCGAUACCCAUCCCGGCGGCGCCCAGCUCCAGAUCGCUGCUGGAGAAGGUUUCCGAUCAAACCGUAAAUCUGGAUCUCACAGCCUCGCAUCAAAGUGAGAAUGGCUCCAUCUCUACAGUUAGCUCUACAGUUAGUUCAGUGGAAUCAGAGAAAGCAGCUUAUGAAUUCCUUGCUCAAACUCCUAUCAAGUCAACUGAUAAACACCUUGUGGAGUUUUCAGAGGCUAUGAGAACUGUUGCAAAAGCACUGCGACAAGUUGCUGAAGGGAAGGCUGCUGCUCAAGCGGAGGCGGCAGAGUGGAAACGGAAAUAUGAGUUAGAGACGGCGCAAAAGCAACAAACCAGAAUCAAAGACUGUGGCACUUGUACCGAUGAUAACCUAGGGAAAAUGACCAGCCAACUAUCACUUGAGGCACCUGCAUCUGACCAAACAGGAUGUUGUGGAAACCAUGGGAUAUGUUCACAUGAGGUUCUCCAGGACGAAGUUCCUGGACCUAACCCAAGACCUAGUCUCAGUAUGGUGGGAAGAAAGGCAUCAUUUAGACUUUCAUGGGGAUGCAACGGGAACAAAAACGGCCAGCACAAGCAUGACUUUGUUUCCUUUGAAAAAGGAGACAUUACAACCGCAGAGCGCAGCAGUAAACAGAUCUUGCUGAAGUGGGAAUCCCGGCCACAAACAGUGCUUUUCAUAACCAAACCUAACUCCAACUCUGUUCGCGUUCUCUGUGCUGAAAUGGUCAGAUGGCUUAAAGAGCACAAAAAUAUUAAUGUCUUUGUGGAACCGUGGGUUAGCAAGGAACUUCUAACAGACGAUUCUAACAACACAGUGCAAACAUGGGAUAAUGAUGACGACAAAAAGAUGUUGCACAAGAAGGUUGACCUCAUUGUAACUCUUGGCGGUGAUGGAACUGUUCUAUGGGCGGCAUCAUUGUUCAAAGGACCAGUUCCUCCAGUUGUUGCGUUCGCCAUGGGAUCACUGGGUUUCAUGACACCGUUUCCAAGCGAGCAAUACCGUGAUUGCUUGGACAACGUGCUGAAGGGACCUUUCAGCAUAACACUGAGAAACCGUCUCCAGUGUCAUGUAAUCCGUGACGCAGCCAAGGACGAGAUCGUGACCGAGGAGCCAAUCCUGGUGCUAAACGAAGUUACAAUUGACCGCGGAAUAUCAUCCUACCUUACCUACCUGGAAUGCUACUGCGACAGCUCAUUCGUCACAUGUGUACAAGGGGACGGACUCAUCAUAUCAACCACGUCAGGAAGCACAGCAUAUUCGUUAGCGGCUGGAGGGUCCAUGGUUCAUCCACAGUUGUGCAACCAGGCAGUUUCUUUUUCGAACACACCGGGCAGUUGAAGGGCAAUGCAUGUGUAAAGGUAAGCUUCUUAUCUACUGUAUUUUCAUCAGAUUUAUUUUGGUUUAGUUACCAGAGUAAAACAGAGAGGAGUGAUUAGCAACAGCAUGGGCCUAAAGCAUAUGUUCUUUCAAAUCCAAUCCAACAACAAGCUGACAUGAAAAAGACACAAACCAAGGCUAGAUUUACUUCUUGUGUGGCCAAAAUCACGCUCCAUGUUCGUCAGACAAACUUGUCUGAAUCACUCUGCGUGGCAUUCAGAGCUAGCAGUUACAGUACAACAAAGUGAUCUGCCCAAAAUCAUGCUCUGAAUUCCACCGCUACCACCAGUGGACUAGACAGGCAGACGGACAGUAACAGCGCCCGUGCCUGUGCCUGUGCGUCGCCGCGCCGCCUCAAUUGCCGCGCGCGCGCGGUGCCUUCUUCCAAGGUGGAUCGCCCCGGGGGCCAUGCCCGGGCGGCAGCGAGAACGUGAACUCCUUUGUUGCUUUCCAUGCGUCCAACCUACCCCCACCCUCAACGCUCACGGGCGCCUCCACCAUGCUCGAACCAAAUCGCCCAGCUCGCCCACUGUACCACUCACUCACUGUCCAUCUACCUCACUAGAUCUGUCCAUCGCCGUCGAUCGCCACCUCCAUAUCACUCCACCAUUGCCAUCCCACUGCCACUCCAACGGUCCAGCCCAUCCCAUCCCGGCAGCGU